CGUUGUUUUAGGAAGAGAGGUUUCUCAAGUUAGUGCAAGGCGUUGUGCCCUGGAAUAAUGUGAAAUAAUGCUAAUUUCUUCGUGGAUGAAGGCGAUGGUUACUGGCUCAUGACCUCAGUAAAACAGACUCCUGCCAAAAAAUGACGGUCUGCAGUUUCUUCCUCCAAGGAAGAUGUCGAUAUGGAGACAAGUGCUGGAACGAGCACCCUCGAGGAGGUGGCGGUGGCGGUGGCCGUGGGGCUGGCAGUGGAGAUUACGGCCGAGGGACUCCUCCGUCCAACAGAGGAGGCUUUGGAAAUAGAGUAUGGGUGAAUCCGCAACGAGCCGGAGGAGGAGACUUUGUAAAACCUUCCAGCUUUGGUGGAAGGGACGCUCCCGUCUCAACCCAGAACCGAUUCGGUGCCCUAAAUACACCAAGCAGCUUUGCGAGAGGCGGACAAAAAGACGAAAAUGAGAAACAUUUGGAGACGAUACAGAAGGACAUGGAGAUUUGGGAAGCUUCUGGCCAGUGGUUGUUUUCAUGUUAUUCAGUCCUCAAAGACACAAUAUCAGGGUUUGUGGAGCUGUCACAAGAGGAGCUAAGGCUGGAGUACUACACAGGCAGAGCUUCUGGAGACCUGCAGACCUAUGGCAACUCUGUGCAACAGCUUGUAGCUCAAUGGAGAAACCGGCUUCAGGAGCUCAAAGCAAUGAGCGGCAACACACGCUCUGCAAUGAUAGCAGAGUUGAACAAUCCCGGACAGCAGUCGUCUUUUGGGUCAUCUGCUCCCUCUGGAUUCGGCUCCUCCUCGUCCUUCUCUGGGUUUGGAGCGACCGCCGCACCGUCUGGAUUUGGGGCCGCUGCCACCCCUGCUUCUGGCUUUGGGUCCUCCGCUGCACCCUCAUCAGGAUUUGGAUCAGGAGGUUUUGGUGCGCCAGCCCAGCCCAGUGCCGCCUCCUUCAGUUUUUCCUCCAGUCAGAGUGCCGCACCUGCCUCCUCAGGCUUUGGUUCCGCCCAGCAGUCCUCCUUUGGUUCCGCUGCCCCGUCCGCUGCCCAAUCAGCUGCCGCCUUCUCCUUCGCCUCUCCCGUCGAUGCCGCGAGCACCCCCGCCGCCACCCAGGCCUCGUCCUCCGGCUUCGGAUCCGCUUCCGGAUUCAGCUUCGCCUCCACAGCCGCGCCUGCUCCCUCCUCGUCUUCCGCGGGCGGAUUCGGUGGAGGUUUCGGAUCGUCUGGCGGCGGCGGGGGUGCGGGUGGCUUUGGGGCGACGGGGGGCUUUGGGAAGCCAACCAACAGUGGGCUGUUCAGCUCUGCAGGCGCGGCUGCUGCGGCUACGCCCACUGACGUGGCAUCAGCUGGAAGCCUGUUCACGCCUCAGAGCGAGCUGACGUCCGAUGAGCUGAAAGAGUUUAUGGCCAAGAGGUUCACGCUGGGCCAGAUCCCACUGAAACCUCCACCGGCAGACUUGCUGGUUAUCUGAUAAGACAGUGAUUCUCAAACUGUGGGCCGGGGUCCACUGGUGGGCCCUGAAGGUAUUCCAAGUGGGCCUUGAAAUCAUUUUCUAAAACUGAUAAGGAUAUUUUUCAGUGUGUUGAUCUUGAUUUAUUUGAGUUUUAUUGUUUGUUUGUUUGUUUUUUUGUUAGAGGAGGGCCCCGAACAUUUGUGAAAAUUUUAAGUGGGCCCCAAGUUGGAAAAGGUUGGGAAGCCUUGUGAUAAGACACACAUACAACAGGACUCUAUGCCAGGAUGAAAUGGUGAAUGAACGUUUAGUUUUGUUUCUUUUUUGUUUUCUUUGCUUUUUUUUUGUUUUCUUGUUUUCUUUGGUUGUUUUCCUAUUGCAAAUAAACCA